UCAUGUCGGCUGUUUAACGAAUUCAUUAACCUCUCGGAGUCUGUGAUCAAACAAAGGAUAGAAUCAAGGAAAUAAGAAACAAAAAACAUGGCUGGUUUUGUGCAAAGGGUUGGUCAGAGUCUAGUUAGAGCUCAUCGUCCACCUCAAGUUUCAUGGAAAAGAUGCUGCUCUUCGGAUGCUUUGAUGGAACUGGAGACAAAGCCUGGUGAGGUUGGCAUGGUCUCCGGAAUCCCCGAACAACAACUUAAACGAAGGGUUAUAAUUUACUCGCCUGCUCGAACUGCAUCACAGCAGGGCUCGGGGAAAGUUGGGAAAUGGAAGAUCAAUUUUCUCUCAACACACAAGUGGGAUAAUCCGUUAAUGGGUUGGACAUCAACAGGAGAUCCGUAUGCCAAUGUUGGUGAGGCUGGACUUGAAUUUGACAGUGAAGAAGCUGCAAAAGCAUUUGCUGAGAAAUAUGGCUGGGAAUACCAGGUCAAGAAGCGACAGACACCUCUUCUAAAGCCCAAGUCAUAUGCAGACAAUUUCAAAUGGAAGGGGCCACCUAAUGCUGAAGAGUGAAAGAUGUUAUUUUAACACUUCGAUUUAUCUGAGUAUAUAAUUUCCAGAGUUCAUGUUACAACAUCAUUAUUGUACUUCGCUCCUGGCUGAUAUAUUACGUAGAAAAUAGCAAAUGAGAGAAGCUUUUGUUUACACGUAUUUACAACGACACUUGUAAGGUUUUUGUGUUUAAUAUCUAUACAACUAUAAAUAAAAAGCAAGGUACCAAUCA